CGGAGAGACGGAGACGCGCUCAGUGUUGCUCGCUCGUCCAGAGAGCGCGGAAUGUAUGUGGUGACGGAGACGGGAGUGCGGUGCGUGUGAGACAUGCGGUGGCGCGGGGCUGUGCUGCGGUGCGCGGUCGCGGUCCUAGGUGCGGCACUGUGUGUCGUGGCUCAAGACACCUCGGCGCAGAUGCAGAGCAGGGCCGUGGACACCAGGGUGCAGUUGGAGAUAGCCGAGGGUCAGCCCAGAGGAACUAUCGUCGGGAACAUCCCUGUCAAGCGAGGAUUCACAUACAGGUUUAACGAGCCACCUCGGGAGUUCGUCCUGAACGGGACUACGGGUGAGAUAAGGACUACAGUGGUGCUGGAUCGCGAGACUUUAACGAACGAUCGCUACGAUCUCGUGGUGCUGUCGAGUCAGCCGACGUAUCCGAUAGAAGUGCGAAUAGUCGUGGUGGAUGUGAACGAUAACUCUCCAGAGUUCCCGGAGUCGAGUAUCGCAGUAUCGUUCUCCGAGAGUGCGGCUGCCGGGACGAGACUGUUGCUGGACGCUGCGACAGACAGGGACGCCGGUGUCAACGGAGUGUCCGACGACUACAGGAUAGUGGCCGGCAACAAGGAUGACAAGUUCAGGCUGGAAGUCACUGUCAACCCUAGUGGAGACACGUCGUACCUGCAUCUACAAACUACGGGUAAACUCGACAGGGAGAGCCGGGCCUUCUACCAACUCAACAUCUCCGCAAGGGACGGUGGGAGUCCACCCAGGUUCGGAUACUUGCAGGUCAAUGUCACCAUCUUGGAUGUCAACGACAAUCCUCCUAUAUUCGACCACAGUGAUUACAUAGUCUCCCUAAACGAGAGUGUACCCCUCGGCACGGUCGUUGUGAAAGUUAUGGCAUCGGACAGUGAUAUCGGUGAUAAUGCUAAAAUUACCUAUUUCCUCUCAGAUUCGGAGAGGAAGUUCGCUGUGGACCCUGAGACCGGUGUGAUAACGACGUCUGAACCUCUAGAUUGUCCACAUCAGAACUGUCCUCAGAUAUCGCAAGCCAAGCCGGGAGGUGGGUGUCCGAAGAGUUGUGUGUUUACUGUGUUCGCCAGGGAUCACGGUUCGCCUAGACAGGAUGGAAGGACGUACGUUACAGUGAAUCUAGUGGACGCGAACGAUCACGAUCCCGUAAUUAAAUUUCGCUACUUCCCAUCGACAGCUGGGUUCGCUACUGUGGAUGAGAACGCGUCUAACGGUUCUGUGGUGGCGGCGGUCUCAGUGGUGGACAUGGACGAAGGACUGAACGGGGAAACGAGAGUGGAGAUCAAGUCAGGCAACGAGAGAAAUCAUUUCAGACUAGAAUUCAGUGGUAGCUUCGACAUAGUACGUGUAAACGGAGUAUUGGAUCGUGAACACAUCAACAAAUACAACCUCACUAUCGUGGCUACUGAUAAGGGAUCCCCACCUCGGACAGCGACUGCUUUUCUUAUCAUCCAUGUAAACGAUGUGAACGACCACGAGCCAGUGUUUGAGAAAAGUGAAUAUUCCGCAAUUCUGAGUGAGUUGGCCCCUCCGGGGACGUACGUGGCCGGAAUAACCGCAACUGACGAAGAUACGGGAGUGAAUGCACAAGUGUAUUAUGCUUUUGUGUCAGGAAACGAUCAUCAGUGGUUUGUAAUGGAUAUCGAUUCUGGAUUAAUUACUACUAAAGCUCCAUUGGAUAGAGAAGUACAAGGUACGGUAGAACUAAGAAUAUCAGCUAGAGAUGGAGGGCCUAACCCCAAAUGGGCGUACACCCAGCUCAAGGUUAUUAUUUUAGAUGAAAAUGAUGAAAAGCCUAUGUUUUCUCAGAAUGUAAUUAAUGUUAGUUUAUCUGAAAGUACUCCCCCAAAUACGUUAGUUGCGAUGUUAGCGGCUACCGAUCACGAUCAAGGUACUAAUGGUAGUGUCACAUACAGUUUACAAUCAGAGGUGCAACAAAAGUAUCCAGGAGUUUUUGGAUUAGACCCGCUUACCGGACAGUUAACCAUCAAAACAAAAUUAGAUAGAGAAAUGAUUUCCCGGUAUGAAAUCAGAGUUAUUGCUAAGGACCAAGGAACGCCCCCUCAAUCGUCAACUGCCACAGUUUUCUUAUCAGUUCAGGAUGUAAACGAUAACAGUCCAGAGUUUUAUCCUCUACAGUACUUUGUCCAGGUUAGCGAAGAUACGCCAGUAGGGAUGUCCUUGCUCAAAGUGACAGCUAGCGAUAAGGACGAGGGCGAGAAUGCCGCUAUCAGAUUUGGUAUAGAGAGUGGAAGUGAGGGCAUUUUUCAAAUUGAUGACAGCACUGGAGUAAUGUCCUUGAAAGCUAGUUUGAUAAAUUCACAAAAAGUAUUGUAUCGGAUGAAAAUUUCAGCUAAAGACCGUGGAGACAGAAAAGCUGUAGAGGACGCUGUUGUAGAAAUUAUCAAAGAUAGCCAUAUAGAAACAAUUGAAUUCGACGCAUUUGGUGGUUAUAAUUUUCAAAUAUCAGAAGAUCACGAAAAGAAGGAACCAGCCGUCGGUAGAGAAGUAGGAAGAGUACAAGUACGCACUUUAGACUUUCAGCAAAAUAACGAAAGGUAUUCAAUAGUAUAUGGCGAUCCAAACCGAUGUUUUAGAAUAGACGAAAGGUCAGGUGUCAUAACAACAGCCAAUAGAAUCGACAGAGAAUUGAUGUCAUCUUAUAGUUUGACGGUAGUUGCCCGGGCUGGUCUGUCCUACGGUAAAACGACUGUGAACAUCAGUAUUCUGGACGAGAACGAUAACCAACCCGUGUUUACAAGAGACAAAGACCAAGCGACCAUAGCAGAGAACGCCGCCGUGGGACAAGAGGUGUACUUGGCCAGAGCGAGGGACAGAGACGCCGGGCUCAACUCCAGGGUCACAUACAGCCUCAGUUUCAACCCGGACGAUCAGUUCAGGAUAGUGGAAGCGACAGGUGUGAUAUACUUGAAUAAACCGAUCCGCGCGGAGCCGGGGACUUGGCUGAACCUGGAAGUGACAGCGACGGACUCGGGAGAGCCUCCGUUGUCCGCGCGGCAUGUAGUGAUCGUCACAGUAGUAGACGUCAACGACCACACUCCGGUCUUCGACCACACCUCUUACGAGACCUCUCUCCUAGAGUCUACCCCGGUCAACGACAGGUUUUUUAUUCUGUCCGCCUCCGACGCCGACUUGGGAGCUAACGGUCUAGUGUCCUAUGCGAUCACAGAAGGAAACGCCGAGGACAAGUUCGGAGUGUUCCCCGAUGGCUUUAUGUACGUCAGAAGUCCGCUGGAUAGGGAAGAGAGAGAUUAUUACUCGUUGACAGUAACUGCCAGUGACAAGGGGGAUCCCCCGAGGAGUUCCGUGGUGCCUGUAGUGAUUCAUGUGAUUGACGAAAACGACAACCGUCCCGAGUUUACAAACUCUACCUUCACGUUCCACAUUAGAGAAAACGAGCCUCCGGACUCAUUCGUGGGAAAGGUAGCCGCUACUGAUAGAGAUAUAGGACGUAACGCCGAGCUCACCUUCUCACUGUCAAACGCCAAACAGGACUUCGCCAUCGAUCCCAAGAACGGAUUUAUUAAAACUCUUCACGUAUUCGACCGAGAGGAGCUGUUAGAGACGACAGGUCAGAGCUAUGUCACGUUGGAAGCCAUUGUUAGCGAUAACGGAAUUACGAGGCAUCGGGAUAAGGUGAAAGUCAAUGUUUAUGUUACCGACGUGAAUGACAACGCUCCCCAGUUCUUACGACAGCCGUAUAGAGUUCAGAUAUCAGAAGGCUCUAGUAUCGGAACACAAGUGAUCAGAGUGUUUACUACGGACGCUGACGAAGGCUUGAACGGGGACGUGUUUUACACGUUGUCAGAGGGUAACGAAGAAGGCAAGUUCGCGGUGGACGAAGCUACUGGACAGUUGACCGUCGCCAAGUACUUGGACAGAGAGACGACUUCUCACUACUCCCUGACUGUCGUAGCUCACGACGCGGCCAUCACAGGACGGCUGAGCGCCACAACGACGGUGGUCGUCGACGUGUUGGACGAGAACGACAACGCGCCGGUGUUCACGCACACGGAGGCCAAGAUAUCGGUGUUGGAGAACGCCACGGUGGGGACCAAACUCAUUCAGUUCGAGGCGACGGACGCCGACGUUGGUGUCAACAGAGAGGUCGUGUUCUCUAUCAGCUCCGGCAACAGAAGGGACACUUUCCACGUCGACCCGGCCACCGGAACCCUCUAUCUCCAUAAGCCACUGGAUUACGAAGAGCUCGGUUCUUAUGUCCUCAACAUUACUGCUUCAGACGGAGGAAACCCGAGACUGUCCACCUCGAUAGUAUUUACCGUGUCGGUAGAAGAUUGCAACGAUAACCCUCCGGCGUUCACAAACACGGCAAUCGUGCGUCAGAUCAGAGAGUGCAUCCCCGUAAACACACCCAUCGUGACGGUGACGGCUGAGGAUCCCGACUCCGGUAUCAACGGCAAGAUCGCGUACGCCAUCUCCAAACAAGAGCCGGAAGACCCUCUCAAUCCCGGGAUACUACAUUUCCAAAUCAACCCGAAGACCGGAGUCAUCCUCACCCAACUACCGAUAGACAGAGAGGCCGUAGACACGUUCCGUCUAACAGUCGUAGCUACUGACCAAGCUCUACCGGAAUCUUCUAGACUAUCGGCAGAGAAGCUCGUCACAGUAAUAGUGGAGGACGCUAAUGACAACGCACCGGUGUUCGUAUCAAUGAACGCUGCCAUUCUACCAACACCUCAGCGCAGCGGAUACCACGGCAGAGACGGCAUGACAGUGAUGACGGUGUUCGCCAGAGACGCAGACUCCAGCACUAACGGUCUCGUCACCUACGACCUGGUGACCGGCAACACCGACCUGUUCAGGCUACACAGGAGUACAGGAGCCGUGACACUCCGCAGGUACCUACCUGACCCGGAGCCCAAGUACCAGAUAUCGGUGAAGGCCACAGACGAAGCUGUACAAUCGGACAGGAAGUCCUCUGACGCGUACAUCACCAUCAUCGCGCUAGGGUCGGGGCCCGGACCGGUGUUCGAGAGGGCGGAUACCACGGGGAGUGUGUACGAGAACGAACCUCCGGGCACCAGCGUGUUGACCGUGAGUGCUCGGUUGAAGGAUCGCGACCAAGCGGAUAUCGAGUACUACGUGACCAAUGUGACUGGCGUGGGAGGUAGACAGGCUGACCGUCUGUUUGACGUGGACACCAAGCUGGGAGUCGUCUCUACAGCUGAGGUGCUGGACAGGGAGGCAGGGCCAGAGUGGUACGAGGUCGAGGUCCACGCCAUCGUAGUCAACUCGCCAACCCCACGGACUGGAAAAACUAAGAUCCGCAUCAAAGUGCUGGACAAGAACGACAGUCCGCCCUCCUUCAGGGACAUGCCUCACGAGUUCUCGGUGUCCGAGGACCUCCCAGCUGGUCAGGUGGUGGCUACCCUCCGAGCUGCGGACCCUGACACUCCUGGACCUCUCAGCUACGCCAUCGUGUCCGGAGACGAGGGCAGGUUCGAACUGGACGCUGCCACUGGCACGCUCAGGCUCAGGGACUCACUGGACCGGGAGACCAAGGACUCCUACAGGGUGCAGGUCAAGGCCAGUGAUGGGGUGCAGAGCACGGAGACCAUCAUAACCAUCUUGGUGACCGACACGAAUGACAACCCUCCGGUGUUCACGGAACAGACAUACUCCUUCGACGUGUCCGAGAACUCCAGCCGAGGGUCGCGGGUGGGCCGUGUGGAGGCGCACGACGAGGACCAGGGAGUCAACGGGAUGGUCACAUACACCGUCAUCUCCGACUGGGCUAACGACGUGUUCUCUCUCAACCCCCAGAGCGGAGUGUUCACCCUGACAGCCAGACUCGACUAUGAAGAGGUGCAGCACUACAUAUUCGUGGUCCAGGCCCAGGACGCGGGUCGUCCUAGCCUCUCCUCCACCCUCACUGUCUACUUCAACGUUUUGGAUCUCAACGACAACGCGCCUCUCUUCGAUCCUCUCAGCUACAGCAACGAGGUGUUCGAGAACGUCCCUGUGGGCACCAGCGUCGUCACAGUGGCCGCUACUGAUUUGGACUCUGGAGAGAACGGUCGGCUGGAAUACACCAUCGCCAGCGGUGACGACGAUGACAUGUUCGACAUUGGGAAGGACAACGGCACCAUACUGACUCGCAGGUCGUUGGACAGGGAGACCAAGAGUUUGUACAACUUGGUGAUCGUUGCUACAGACCAAGCUAGGUCUCCUCAGCCGAGACUGUCCUCCACGGUACAGGUGAGCAUCGUGCUGAAGGACGUGAACGACAUGUCACCCGAGUUCAUCACUCCAAACGAGACCUCGGUGAUGGAGAACAUCCCGGUCAACACCGUGGUCCUGGCAGUCAAGGCGAUCGACAAAGACGAAGGAAGGAACAGCUACAUCGAGUACUCUCUCAGCCGCGAUCCAGCGGUGACAGGGGUCUUCUCUCUGGGACCUGUGGACGGCCUCCUCAGGGUUACUGGGCGGCUGGACCGAGAGACCCGGGCGAACUACACGCUAGAGAUCAAGGCCAAGGACAGAGGUGACCCUCCCAGGUUCUCCAGGACCAACAUCUUCAUCAAGCUGCUAGACGAGAAUGACAACAGCCCGGUGUUUGAUCCCAAGCAGUACUCGGCUUCUGUUGCUGAGAAUGCUAGCAUCGGAGCAUCUGUGUUACAGGUGUCCGCCACCGAUGUGGACGAGGGUCUCAACGGUCGUGUCCGAUACGCCAUCGUGGCCGGUGACGACAACCGCGACUUCAGCAUCAGCGAGGACACGGGAGUCGUUCGUGUCGCCAAGAACCUCAACUUCGAACGCAAGAGCCGCUACGUGCUGACCGUUCGCGCUGAAGAUUGUGCCGGAAACUCGGAUGAAUCAGUGAGACACGACAGUGCUAACAUUUCCAUCUCGAUUAUCGACAUCAACGACAACCCUCCGACAUUUUUGGACUCGCCGUACAUCGCUUAUAUCAUGGAAAACGUAGUCCCGUCCCCAAACGGUUACGUGUUGACGGUACGAGCCUAUGAUGCAGAUACUCCGCCUUUCAACGGACAAGUGCGUUACUUCCUCAAGGAAGGGGAUGCUGAUCUCUUCCGCAUCAACGCUUCUUCGGGAGAGAUCACGCUGCUGAGGGCUCUAGAUAGGGAGGUUCAACCUGAGUACAUACUCACGCUCGUCGCCAUGGAUACCGGUACACCUCCUCUGACUGGGGCUGGGACUGUCCAUGUAGUUGUUCAGGACGUCAACGACCACAGUCCGGAGUUUGAGCGGCAGGUCUACUCUGUCUCGGUAGCGGAAAAUCUUCCCUCGGGAACCUCUGUGCUACAGGCCCACGCUCAGGAUAAGGAUGCUGGCUUAAAUGCUAAGAUUAGAUACAGUCUACUUGGGGAGAACAUGGAGAGGUUUUCAGUGGACAGCGACUCUGGUCUCGUAACAACCACAGUAUCCCUGGACCGGGAGGAAGUCGGAGUUUACUACCUCACCUUAGUAGCACAAGACUGUAGUGUCACUGAGCCACGAGCCACGGCUGUCAACCUCACAGUCACUGUCACUGACGAUAACGACAACGCUCCACAGUUCGCCUCGGCAGGCUACACCGUGCAUAUUCCUGACCGCACCAUGCCUGGUCAAUUUGUUUUUGGCGCUAAGGCUGUGGAUGAAGAUGAUGGUGAGAACAGACACAUCGUCUAUUUCUUGAGUGGAGAGGACGUCUCCAAGUUUACCAUCAACAAAGAGACAGGAGUUAUCAAAGCUGCUCAGGAGCUGCGGUUAGAAGACAACAGAGGAGGAGACGACACAGUAUAUAGGCUACAGAUACAAGCGACCGACAGAGGGAAAGAAGUUAAGUCUGCAACUGCAGAGUUGGUUGUCAAACUGUGGCCCAGACAUCUGUUCCCAGUCAUCACAGCGCCGAAAGAAACAAAGUUCACCUUGUCUGAAGACGUCGCUGCUGGCAGAGUGAUUACCAAACUGACCGCCUCUUCUCCAAAGCUGGGUGCUGUGGGUGGUGUCAGAUUCGCCAUAGCGGGAGGUAACAUUGGAGAUGCUUUGAGAAUGGAUGCAAACACUGGCGAAGUGUUGGUUUCAGGAGGUGGCUUAGACUAUGAAACAGCCCCGCAGUACGAAGUGUGGGUAGAAGCGAGAGAUUCUGACAAUCCUCCCCUGAGAACGGUGCUGCAGCUCAUCAUCAAUGUAACUGAUGCCAACGAUAACCCUCCGGUGUUUGAAUCUAGUCUGUACAACCCCACUAUAUUGGAAGAAGAACCUCCUCCACAAAAAGUUGUAAGAGUAAGAGCGACUGAUGCGGACUCUGGGGUGAACGGUAAAGUCACUUACAGGUUGAGUGAUGAUGGAGAAGGAGCUUUUACUCUGGACUCAGAAACUGGUGAUAUUUUUACAAAUUAUCGUUUGGACAGAGAGACAAUCUCAAGCUACCUUUUGACAGUCGAAGUACUAGACCAAGGAGUGCCUCAAAUGACUGGAACCACCACAGUUCUUGUCACAGUUCUAGACAAAAAUGAUAACCCUCCGAGAUUUACUAGGUUGUUUAGUGUAAAUGUGACUGAAAAUGCUGAACCUGGUGCUUUUGUCAUUCGUGUCACAAGCUCAGAUCUUGAUAUUGGAGAAAAUGCAAACGCUACCUAUAGCUUUACUGAAAACCCUGGGAGAAAGUUUGCCAUUGAUUCUAGCACUGGCAAUGUGACUGUUGUUGGCCCUUUGGAUAGAGAAACUCAAGAUGAAUAUCUAUUGAAAGUAGCAGCCGUAGAUGGUUCUUGGAGAGCUGAAACUCCGCUUACAAUCACUAUUCAAGAUCAAAACGACAAUGCGCCUGAAUUUGAAGAAUCUUACUACAGCUUUAAUUUCCCAGAGCUUCAAAGAAAUGUAGUGUUUGUAGGUCAGGUUAUAGCUACUGACAGAGACAAACAAGGACCCAACUCUGUGAUUUCUUACUCCUUGAAACAUCCGUCAGACUUGUUUACAAUUGAUCCUGCGAGUGGAGAGCUGUUUUCCAAGAGAGCUCUCAGGUACAAAUACACAGCUUUAGACUCUUCACCAGAAAACCAAUAUCCACUCACAGUCCUGGCCACAGACAACGGUAAACCUCCAAUGUCUUCUGAAUGCCUGGUUACUAUCAACGUGGUAGAUGCCAACAACAACGCCCCUAAGUUCGAGAAGAGAGAGUAUUUCACCCCGGUGCUCGAAAGUGCUUAUGUCGGCCAAGAUAUAUUACAAGUGGAAGCUAAGGACGACUUGGACUUUGGCAUAAAUGCUGAGAUCGAAUACAUUAAAAUCGGUGGUAACGGAACUGAAUUGUUCAAAGUUGACAAAAUGACGGGAUGGAUAACGUUGGCAAAAUCUCUUGAAGGAGGUGAGAGGGUGCUGAAGCAGUACAAUGUAAUUGUCCGAGCUGUUGAUCACGGCGUUCCUCCUCAGCAAGAUCAAGUCACCGUCAGUCUCGUAGUGACGGGGGAGAACAGAUACAGUCCAGUGUUCACAGCACUGAGCUACCAAGUGAUAGUGCCAGAGAACGAACCUAUCGGCUCAACAAUCGUGACUGUAGCAGCUGCGGACAGUGACGAAGGUCCAAACGGAAUGGUGCGAUACUCGAUAUCUGGAGGAAACGCCAACAAAGAUUUUCAAGUUCACCCUAUAACAGGAGCAGUUACCAUUUUGAAACCAUUAGAUUACGAUACAAUUCACGAGUACAAACUUAACAUUACAGCAACAGAUCUAGGAUUCAAGCCGCAUCAGACAAAAGCCAUGCUCACUGUGAUACUGACUGAUAUAAAUGACAACGCUCCUCAGUUCAAUCAGUCUACAUACCAAGCUUAUAUUGCCGAAAAUUCACCACCGAAAACAUUUGUAUACAACGUUUCAGCUGAAGAUGUAGAUUCCCCAAAGAAUGCCAUUAUACAGUAUUCUAUUGUUGGAGGAUCUGGGAAAGACGUGUUUAGUAUUGAAUUAAAAACAGGUGCCAUAUAUUCGAGAGCUAAAUUUGAUUUUGAAGAGAGAAGUACGUAUACGCUUGACAUUUUAGCUGUAAAUCCAGAUUCUCCUAUGUACGGGUCAACAAAAGUUAUAGUUCACGUAACAGGUGUAAAUGAAUACUAUCCUCGAUUUGUACAGCCAGUGUUCCACUUUGAUGUAUCCGAAUCAGCUGAAGUAGGCACAAGUGUGGGAAUGAUACAAGCAACAGAUCAAGACGCUGGGGACGAUGGAAAAGUAUACUAUCUUCUUGUUGGCUCUAGUAAUGAUAGAGGAUUCUCAAUCACCCCAGAAUCAGGAGUUAUAUCAGUGUCUCGAAGAUUAGACAGAGAAACUCAAAACAGAGUAGUGCUCACUGUUAUGGCCAAAAACAGUGGAGGGAUUCGAGGGAAUGACACUGAUGAAGCUCAAAUCAUCGUGUCCAUCCAAGAUGGCAACGAUCCACCAGAGUUUGUUGAAGAACUGUACGAAGUGGAGGUCUCUGAAGGAGUGCAAAUCGGAACAAAAGUUAUUUCAGUUCAAGCAGUGGACAAAGACGUUCGCCCACAGAACAAUCAGUUUAGCUACUCUAUCAUAAAUGGUAACACCGAUAAAGCCUUCAAAAUUGAUCCUCAAACUGGAAUGAUUGAAAAUACCCUUCAGCUGGAUCGAGAGGUGAUUCCCAUUUACACAUUGAUCAUCGGUGCUAUCGACACUGGCUCUCCCCCAGAGACUGGCACGACAGAGGUGCGUAUCACGGUGCUGGAUAUCAAUGACAACGGACCAAUAUUUGAUCCGCCCAACGUGGUGGGAUAUGUGACUGAAAAUGAACCAGCAAACACCAGUGUCAUGAAGCUUACUGCCAUCGAUCCAGAUCUGCCACCUAAUGGAGCACCUUUCACCUACAGACUGGUGGGAGGCAAACAUCGUGACCUUGUUACUAUUGAGCCGAACACUGGGAUUGUAAAAACCACUGAAAUGAUUGACCGAGAGAUGACACCUCAGCUGGAUAUUUUGGUGGAAGUGGAAGACAGUGGCGAGCCAAGGAUGAGAUCACAGCAUCCAGUAACCAUCACAGUGCUGGACCAGAACGACAGUCCUUCGUCUCCAAGAGCAGUCCAUGUGUUGGUUCACACAUUCAAUGAUGCAUUUCCUAUUGGCAAGAUUGGUGAUGUACAUCCCAAUGAUCCUGACACGUCUGGAGAAUACCAGUGCAAGUUGAUCAGCAACCCAGUCACAAGAGGCAUCUUCAGCAUCCCCUCUGGAUGCAGUCUGCACACUUCCAGAGUCGCUAUGGGCCCAGGAUUCUCACUAAGCAUAUCUGGCAACGACGGAAGGCACCCAGAUGUUGUGUCCAUGAUUUCCAUAGAAUUCCUUUCUUUUGAUAAUGCCACUGUUGAAAACAGCAUCACCAUUCGUAUAGAAAACACAACUUCUCACAAAUUUUUAACCAACUACUACAAAGGGUUCGUAGACUUGCUGAAAUCGACUUUUGAUGUUGGUGAUUCUCCGUAUUUAUACAGUAUGCAAGAGAGAGACAAUGGCUUAGAACUCGCAGUGGCUGUGAAAGGUGCUAAGGGAUAUCGGAAUAAGGCACAUGUAACGGAUGUACUCUCAAGAAAACACGAUGUGAUACAACAAUUGGUGCAGUCUUCUUUCAUCUCCGUGGGAUAUUCUCCAUGUCAAAAUCCAAUUUGCGAGAACGGUGGUAUAUGCAGUGAUGGCAUCAGUGUUUACGAAGAUACAAGAAUUACCGACAGCCAAACUUUAAUAUUUACAUCCCCACUUGUCAGCCACGAUUUUGUAUGCAGGUGUGCUGAGAGUUUCACUGGAAAGCGUUGUGAACGAAGGCAGGAUCCUUGUUCACCCAAUCCCUGCCAAUCUGGAGGCUCUUGUAGAAGACAAGGAUUUGAUUUCCAAUGCAUCUGUCCACCGAUGCGAGAGGGCCGAUUUUGUGAAGCUGAGAAAAGUGAUAUUUGCAACAACAAUCCUUGUAAAAAUGGCGGCUCCUGCAGAGAGAGUCCUGAUGGUUCUAGUUUCUUCUGUCUUUGCCGACCCGGCUUCCGUGGUAAUCAGUGUGAAACGAUUGCUGAUUCUUGUCGCCCCAACCCGUGCCUCAAUGGCGGAUUGUGUAUCAGCCUCAAGCCAGGUUAUAGAUGUAGCUGCCCAGACUCAAGACACGGGAGACACUGUGAGAAAUCUACAUAUGGCUUCAAGGAACUGUCCUUCAUGACUUUCCAGCCAUUGGAUGCAAGCACCAACGAUAUUUCGAUGAUCUUCUCUACAACCAAACCAGAUUCUCUUCUCAUUUACAACUUUGGAGCACAGACAGGAGGAAGAUCAGACUUUGUGGCCUUGGAACUAGUGGGUGGAAGAGCAGUGUUCUCAUAUGGAGGAGCCAGGACCGCAAUCACAUCUGUAGCAGUCAGUGGAGACAAACAUUCAUUGGCCAAUGGAGAGUGGCAUAAAGUGACAGCAACCAGGAACGGAAGAACCAUCUCACUGAGCAUCGGGACUUGCACUGACAACGGAGAUCUCUGUCAGGAGUGUAAACCAGGAGAUUCUAACUGCUACGCCAACGAAAUAGGACCAGCAGGGACACUCAACUUCAACAAUCAUCCGAUGUAUGUAGGAGGUCUGAUGACAGCUGAUCCCAUACUAGAACGCCCGGGACAAGUUCACUCUGACGACUUUGUGGGAUGUGUACACAGUGUCGCAAUCAACGGCAGACCCCUCAACCUGACCAAUCCACUAAAGUCCCGCGGGAUAGACUCGACAUGCAGCAGGUCGUCGAGGUCGUUGUGUUCUGGAAUAGCUUCCAACUUGAUCCCAGACAGCAGCGAAUUGGCUUCUCCGAUACAACUACCGAUCUGCGGACUUUAUGGAACUUGCUAUGACCGAUGGAACUCCAUUUCCUGCGUUUGCGAAGGAUCUACCCUCGUCUCCCCAAAUUGUAACGAAGCCAUUGAGCCCAUCACGUUGACCGAUGGAGGGUUCGUAGAGUUCAAAGUUUCGGAAACUCAUCGGAGAAUGCAGCUGCUGGAUACAAUCUACAAGGGGUCUACACUCUGGCUGCCUCGCAAUGAGAGACUGAAGAGGUCCAUCAACUCUCCUGCGUCCCUCCAGCCAACCAAGAGUCUCAGUGUUAUGUUCAGGACAGUACGCAGGGACGGUGUUAUCAUCUUCUCAGCCACUAACAGAGACUUUACAUCUGUGGAGCUGGUGGGAGGUCAGCUGGUGUACGUAUCACAACUGGGCUCAGCUGGUUCGUUGGUCAACAUGACUUUCGGAGAGAGAGGUGAAGUGUCCGAUAACCAGUGGCACAAUCUGACGCUAGUCUCUCAACACCGAGGGGGAGGGGUGGCCGUGUUGUUGGAUGGUCGGAGGGUGGGGGAAGAGCUAGACACGGCUGGAGUACAUGACUUCCUAGACCCUUACCUGACUGACCUGUACCUCGGGGGUGUGCGGAGGGACGUUUUUCCUGCACAGGACUCUGUCCCCAUCAGUUUUUCCGGAUGCCUUGCCAACUUCACAAUCAACAAUGAAAUCCAACCGAUGAACGGCUCUGGAAGUGUGUUCUUCGAGACUGUUCACUACGGCAAGGUCCUGAUCGGAUGUUCUGGGCCCAUUGGAGUCGGAGCAGCAGCCUCUACCGACCCUCUCUCGAUCGGCAUCUCUCUGGUGCUCGUCUUCUUCGUGAUCCUCCUAGUGGCCAUCCUCGUGAGCUUCGUUGUGUUCCGGUUGCGAAAGCAGAAGAAGGAGAAGAGCGGUGGUGGAGUAGUUCACCCGAAGCAGAAUGGUGGUGCGACCAUGGUUGCUGGGGCGGUCAAUGAUGCUCGUUCUGGUCUACACCCCGAGUCUACCGUGCCUAGCUUUAUGACUGACAACGGAGAUGUCAUCAGGGGAGUGGGAGGUCACCAUUUGGUCGGACCUGAGCUCAUAUCUAAAAGAUACAAAGACCAGGACACGGUCAGUAGUGAGCACCAGCGACCACAGAGGCCAGACAUCAUAGAGAGGGAAGUGGUGGGAAAGUCUCCCCCCCCUAGAGACGAACACCAUCCCCCUCUCCCCCACCACCCUCACGACCAGCCGUCCGUGGUGGGCGUGGACUCUGAGAUGCCGGAGCACUACGACCUAGAGAACGCCAGCUCCAUCGCUCCGUCAGACAUUGAUAUAGUUUACCAUUACAAAGGUUACCGAGAAGGUGCAAACCUGCGAAAGUACAAGGCAACUCCUCCCCACCUGCCUCCUGGAGCGCCCUACCACAAGCACCAAGGGGCGCAGCAGCAUCGGCACUCGCCCCACCACUUCCCACCGCGGGACAGUCCUCGCUCUGUCCCUCCCCCGCCUGUGUCCAGGGUGGACUCUCCCAACAAGAUCAUACAACACCAGAGUACACCACUGGCAAGGCUCAGUCCCAGUAGUGAGCUGUCCCAACAGAUGCCUAGGAUACUUACGUUACAGGACAUCAGUGGGAAGCCGUUACAGUCUGCUCUGCUAGCCACAACGUCGUCAUCUGGCGGGGUUGGGAAGGACGUGCUACACAGCAAUAGCGAGCGGAGUCUCAACUCCCCUGUCAUGAGCCAGCUGAGUGGACAGAGCUCAUCAGCUGGUCGAAAGACACCAGGGACAGGUCCUGACGUGUCCAACGGCACCAUCGCCAUGGGCCUGACAGCUGAGGAGAUCAACAGGCUCAACUCGCGUCCUCGCACGUCCAGUCUCGUCAGCACACUGGACGCAGUGUCGAGCUCUAGUGGCCGAGGAGGCAACCAAGCCACAACCGCACACCAUUUACACCACGGGGCCGUCAACGGUGGGGACAACCACAGUUCUACGUCGACCGACGAGAGCGGCAACGAUUCCUUCACCUGCAGUGAGAUAGAGUAUGACAACGGCAGUGUCACUGGCGACAAGUUGAGUGACGUAAUAUUUACCAAACUCAGUGCGGACGAAGAGACUAGAGGGAGGAGUGGGGAUAACGGAACGCCCAAUAAGCCACCCCCACCCCCCGCGUCGUAUGACGGGUUUGACUCAUCCUUCAGAGGGUCGUUAAGCACAUUAGUGGCUUCGGACGACGACCUGUCUCAUGUUGGAGGGCCGCUGUAUCGACCCAACAACGGCUCGCCCUCCGCGAUACCUGCAGCCUUGGGCUGGGACUAUUUAUUAAAUUGGGGACCGAACUUUGAGAGUUUAGUGGGUGUGUUCAAAGACAUUGCGGAACUUCCGGAUUCUGUUAACGGAAGAGUUCCCUCCUCGCUGAGGUUGCCCAACGGUGCGGCAAAACCAUCCGAAGAAUACGUCUAAUAUUAGAGUAAGUUUGUCAGUACAAUACGUGAUAGAUAUAAUGUGUACAUUUUUAUAACGAAGACUGUAAAUUGUAAAUUCUUCGAAUGUGAAUUUACCUGUAGUAUUAAUGAAGUAUAAUUAAUUAAUUUUGUUCAAAUUGUACCCGUUUCUGAUUUAAACGGUCAGGGAAUAAAUAGUAACUAGUUUUGACCAAUUUCCGUUGUUGCCAUUUUGGUAUUGUCGUACUUGUACAGUACACCUCCCGAGUGACGCUUAUGUAAUUGCCAUGUGUAUACAUUUAUAUCCUCUAGUGUAAAUGAACCGUUUGUAGAGAAAUUAUGCUCAAAGAAACUACGAGAAACGAUAUAUACGCCAUAUAUGUAAUGUAAAUUGUAUUGUAUUCAACGAGUAUUAUUGUAAAUUAAUUUUAUAGAUCGACUGUAUAUAUUUGUUAAAAUACCUAUUUAAGUAUGUAUGAAUGUGAAAUGCUGUACGGUCGGUUAACAUCUUAGCCAUACGCAGUAGUGCCAAAUAUCUGUUGUUUUACCUUACAAUGUGUGAUUGUUGCUGACUGAGGUACGUUUGUAAUAAAAAAUUAUUGAUCAUAAA